CACUCGUACAACUGACGUCAUUCAUGAUUACAACACAUCGGCUCGGUCGAAAACAGAGAGAGCGAAAAAGAGAGAGACGGUCCGUGGUGCGAGUGAGUACAAGAGUAGUUUUGAAAACAACUGUCUGUGGUGUGGUGUGCUCGCAUAUUUGUGCGAUUUUCGUCGAUAGCAGCUACCAAAAACCAAAAUGGAUGCGCCGUUACGCGAGCAAGUGAUGAUCAACCAGUUCGUCCUGGCGGCGGGCUGCGCCCGGGAGCAGGCCAAGCAGAUCCUGCAGUCGGCCCACUGGCAGUUCGAGACAGCGCUUAGUAUAUUUUUUCAAGAUGCAGCUUUACCUACGUGUCCGCCGGGUGCGUCUGCACAUUUCGGACAGGUGAUGACGCCAUGUAAUACGCCAGCGACGCCUCCGAAUUUCCCGGAUACACUGUUAGCAUUUUCCAAAUUGUCAACGGGCAAUGGAAAUAGCCCGUCAACCAAUAAUAACAAUGGGACACCACAAGCACGUCAAUCUCCACAGCCCACGACCACAACACAACAACGAUAAAAUGCGUAGAAUGCGACUAGUGCACCCAAAUUCAGAAGAUGCUCAGAGGACUAUGUAAAUUAAGUGACUGUAAUACUGUUAGUGGAUAUUUUGUUGAAGAAGUACCUAAAUCAUACUUCUGUUUUGUUGAAGUGAAUUUUUCAUUGUAUUCAUAAGGGUUGCCCUAAUAGCUUGUUCGGCUAUGUUUAUACAAGUAAUUGGGUGUUAUUUAUUCACAGAGUUCCUGCAAAAUGCAACAAAGUAGGUCCCGUAACAAUUAAACAAACUCUUCACGAACGACUAUAUCAUGAAAGAAUGAAAAUUGUCUUCACAAAUUGUGUACAUUAGAAUGUUAUUGUUUAUAAAGAUGACAUAAUUGAUUUGUUUGUACAACAGCAUCGAUGAUGAUAUUUUUUAAUAAAUUCCUGUGAUUGGACUCCAGUUAGAUGUUGUUUUUAUGCAUACAUCAGUUCUAAAACAAAAGACCAAUACUUACUAGAUUUAAGUUUUAGGACAACUCUUGUAGUUUAUUUACUUAUGUAUUAAUUUAAUCGUAAACGAAUUCUUCUUAAGACUUCAGGUUGUUGUUUUUGUAUGUACUGGUUUCAUAUAGCUGUUUAUGAUUUUCAACGCAGCAAGAUGAUGUAUUUUUCACCAUAAGUGUAUAUAUUAGAUUAUAAUAAUUUUGUUGUGAAAAUUGGACUUUGGCGCAGUCAAAAAUAUCAGGCAGAUAUUAUAGAAUGACGUUUGGCACUACGCAGUUUCUUUUAUGGAAGAUAUACAAUUUCAUAUGGCAAAGAUCAGAAUCAGUUUUUAGCGUUGUGCUGUAUGAAAGUGCAUAAUGUCAAACCUUCUUGUGAAAUUCACAGGUACGUCAACAAUUCUGAUAUUUUUAUACCAUGCCUUCCGUACUUCUGAAGUUCGGAAUUAAAGUGGCAGAAUAAAAAGGUGCUUUUUCUUCUAGUUCUUAAAUCCGUAGUUGGAGUUAUGUAAUAAAAUUUCUUUGUUAUUUUGUAUAUAUUAGUUAAGUUAAAAAAAGAGCUUAUAAUAGCUCAUCUUCCUACUUUCAACAAGAUGAUUACAACAAUAAAGUCAGCAGAA